UGCGCGAAAGAAAGAAGAAAAGCAGCAGCCCCUUUUCCCAUUCCCAUGGAUCGUAUUACUCCCGCAUCAGCCCGGAGAGUGCGCUGCUAACCACAGUGCGCCCGUCAGCCCCGUCAGCCCGCUCCUCCGCGUCUCUCCUCCGCGUCUCUCCCCGGACAGACCCGUGCGCACUCGGUACUCGUAGACCGGGCGGGCGGUGAGCAUGUGGAGUCCCGGUGCAUGCCCCCUCCACGUUUUCCGGCUUCAGUUCACGUUUCUUUUUGUUUGAGCGCUGCGAGCUUCAGCCGCUGGUGGCCGUGGGCAGAGCGCGGUCUCGCAUCCACUCCUGCGCAGCCCGUGGAAGUGGAAGAAGGGCGAAGGGCGGAUGAAAACAACUAGAUUCAUGUCUGGACUCUGAAAACGCACCAAUAGCAGGAGAUCUGACCUGAUUUUUAUUCCUCUACAGCGUGCGCUCUGUUUGUUUUUGCCACCAUGGAGUCGGUGGAGAAGGAGUGUGGAGCGCUAGGUGGAUUAUUCCAGGCCAUUGUGAACGACAUGAAGAGCUCGUAUCCAGUUUGGGAAGACUUCAGUGCCAAGGCUACAAAACUACACUCUCAACUUAGGACUACAAUCCUGGCAGCCGUGGCCUUCUUAGAUGCUUUUCAGAAAGUUGCAGACAUGGCUACCAACUCCAGAGGGGCCACCAGGGACAUCGGCUCAGCCCUCACCAGGAUGUGCAUGCGCCACCGAAGCAUUGAAGCGAAAUUACGGCACUUCACCAAUGCUCUUAUGGAAGGCCUAGUUACACCACUCCAGGACCGAAUGGAAGAGUGGAAGAAGACGGCCAACCAGCUCGACAAAGAUCAUGCCAAAGAAUACAAGAGGUCUCGUCAGGAAAUCAAGAGGAAGUCCUUAGACACGAUAAAGCUCCAGAAAAAAGCCAGGAAAGGCCGGGGAAACCUGCGCCCCCAGCUGGACAGUGCUAUGCAAGACGUGAACGACCUUUAUUUACUGAUGGAGGAGACGGAGAAGCAGGCGGUCAGGAGGGCUCUGCUGGAGGAGAGGGGCCGGUACUGCGCUUUCAUCAGCCUGUUGCAGCCUGUGGUGAAUGUAGAGAUUGCAAUGCUGGGUGAAACAACUCACCUCCAGGCCAUUGUGGACGACUUGACUCUACUGACUGAAGAUCCACACAAACUGCCUCCUGCAAGUGAACAGGUGAUCCGGGACCUGAAAGGCUCGGACUAUAGCUGGUCCUACCAAACUCCUCCCUCUUCACCGAGCAGCACAAGCUCCAGAAAAAGCAGCAUGUGCAGUCUCCUCCAGAUGCCCUCGGCCGGUGCACAUCGCCUCAGCAGCGUCUCCUCUCACGACUCCGGCUUUGUCUCCCAGGAUGCAAACACCCACUCCAAACCGCCCUCUCCCAUGCCCUCGGACAUCACCAGCCAGAAAUCAACAAGCUCAGCCUCCUCGGAGGCCUCAGAAACCUGCCAGUCUGUCAGCGAAUGCAACUCUCCCACAGCGUUUGGCUCAUGCUCAUCCUUCGGUACCUUCCGCCCUGCUUUCUCUCACACUGGCACCAUCAGGCCUAUGUCUGUCAUACUUCCUGCGUCUCCCACAUUUAACCACUCCCCCGGAUCCAACACCCCCUCACCCACAUCAAAGGUUCCUAGCUGGAAGGAUUGGGCCAAAGCCAGUUCCUGUGAGCCGCCUUUGGCCAGCACUCCUCAGCGAAGGAGAGAGUCUGUGGAUAAGAUGAGGGAGUGUGAAGCACCUCCGAGCCCCCAGGGGUAUUCUGGGAUGCAGCCAGAUGAUCUGCACAGAACAAGAAGUCUUAAGCAUGGCGAGCCCCUGUCUCCUGCAGCCAGUACUCUGGCCAUGGUCCUGACCAGAGGCCUGAGCAUGGAGCAGCAGAAGAGCAGCAGAGACUCACUGCAGUAUUCCAGCGGAUACAGCUCCCAGACCAACACGCCCUCAUGCUCUGAGGACACCAUCCCCUCUCAAGGCUCUGAUUAUGAGUGCUACUCACUCAAUGGAGAUGCUGACGGUGAAGGGCAGGCAGACUUCGACAAGUCCUCCACCAUCCCACGCCACAGCAACAUUGCCCAGAGCUACCGCCGCAUGAUUCAAACCAAGAGGCCCGCCAGCACAGCCGGUCUGCCCGCCGGUAAAACACAAAAUGGCACAACAGGGCACAGCUCAGGAAGCAUCACCUCAGGAACAGCUACCAUACGGCGUACACCUUCCUCCAAAACCGGGGUGAGAAGGACUCCAUCAACAUCCGGCCCUAUUCCCAUCAGACCUCCCAUUGUGCCCGUGAAGACGCCCACAGUGCCAGACUCUCCGGGAUAUGCCAGUCCCUCUCACCUUCACACCGGCAGUGAUGAGUUUCUGUACGGUGACGACCCGACGUGUGACUACAUGAGGGGGUCUCCAAAGAGAAUGAGUCUCCCAGAAAACACCUGGGGCGGUGCAGGAGCCGGGGCUGACAGGACUGUUUAUUCUCAGGAAGCCUCUGGCAUGGUCGCCCACAGUGCAGAGGAAGACCCCUUUUUUGCUGCCAACCGCCACAGUCUGGUGGAGAAGAUAGGGGAGUUGGCAGCUAGUGCACAUGCCCUGGGCGAGGGGCAGUUCCCUUUCCCCAGCUCAGGGGAACAGGAUGUGUCCUCCACAGACCACGGCGAAGUGGACAUGCUGGUGUCCAUCCGGAGAGGCGUCAGGCUCCGUAAAACAGUGACUGAUGACAGGUCUGCCCCCAUGAUCCUGCGGUAGCUCAGGGAAAAGACAUGUUUAGAAAAGCAACCAAAACUAUUGCCCCAGAAACGUGGUUGUAAAAAGCAACAGCACUCGUCUAAUAGAACAGAUGAACAAGGCACAAAGAACAGAGACUUUAAAAUGGAGAAUGAAGGCCAGUCAAAGAAGAAUGACUUUUGUCAUGUCAUGUAUGUAUGUAUGCAUACAUACAAAGUAAUCCAUGCUUUUGGUUUAAUUCCCCUUUCUCUUUUAUUUCUUUUGUUUUUAUGUCUAUGGUUUUGUGUCUGUGCAUCUCUUCACUGUGUGUCCAGUUUGUCUUUUAAAUGCAGUGAUCACAAGUAGAUAUUGAAUGCUCUUUGUCUUUGCUCUUAUGAUUAUUAUAAAACUGUGUAUUUUUACAUAAGUCAGUCACCUGAAAGUGAACGUAACGAGUGCUCUGUGAGCCUGUGUGUAUGUCUUUUUCUUAUUAUUAUGUUCAUGUACCAUGAUACUGUUUUGUUUCAUAAGCUAAAGGAGCUGUUAAAUGUAUAGAAGCAAUAUGGCAGUGUUUUAUUGCUGUGUGCUGUACGUCAAUAUAUUCUGCAAUUAAACACACAUUUUCAAGUACACGAUUCACAAAGCUUUUCUUUUCUUAUUCAGACACCAUGAAUAUGCAGUGAGAGUCUGCUGAAGGAAGGAAGAAAAUCUGGUUUAGAAUAGAACAGAUAAGUAUAGCCCUUCAGAAAAGACAAUUCACCUGCUCACA